UGAGUGUUAGUAAUUUCGUACUCCUUGGAACUAGCAAAAAGUGUACUGCAUAACUCCUUGGACAGAGAUGCAGCACCCGGCAAAUAAUCCAAUAGAUCUUGCCAGGGCCAUUUCGGGUUUCUUCACAUAUGGUUUUGACAAGAUUUGGGCGAUCGGACGCGGGUCUCACCCCACCCCCCCGGCCCCACCUGGCUCACACUUGCACCGACGCGGCCGCGGCAACUCGAGAAAUCAUCCGGGCAGAAGGGGCGGCCGCUACAGCAGAAGGGCGCCUGAGCAUCCAGCGAACAGACCGCCGGGGAUGCACGGCAGGAGCCAUCUGAGAGCAAACCCUUGCAAUGUGCACUGGAACAGAAUACUGACAGGUGGGGACGCCAUGCCACGGAUGAACACUCCAGCAGACGUUGUGAGCGCAAGGCCUCCUCUGAACGCCUUCCCGCUGGCGGACCUCUCCCGCAGGACCGAGGACGAGAGGGCCACGGGCCAUAGGAGGCCGGAGGGUCCAAGCCGACUCGAGGAAGUGAAGCUGAAAGAGCUGCCGUUCUACUCUCACAUUUCUAACAUCCUCCUCGACUCGUAUCUCGCGCCUCUCUUCUCGUUUUCGAAGACCUUUUCUUUUAAAAUAUCUUCCAAGACGGCCAGAGAUAUAGAUAAGGAAGGUCACCAGGUGCUGUUGAUGUUAAGCCUCCUGGACGGGAGGGCACCGCAGGACAUCCGGUGGCCUGCGAGGUCCGAGAUCGAAGUCAAUGGGAAGAAUCGGCACUUGCGGGGAACCUCCAUGCCGGUCAACAUCACUGAGUUAUGCCGUUUGGAACAAGAUUGCACAAAUGAACUGAAGAUAAGCAGCAGUAAAUGCCGUGGAGAGACCUACGUGGUGUUUGUGUCUCAGAUGAAGAAGAUUCCCGUAAGCGAAGUUUUAGCCAAGAUUAAAGCCAGGAAACCGAUCAGGAAGAUGGAGACGCAGGAGCUCAUCAGAGCACGUCUGAAACAGGAUUCCGAAGGUGACAUAUCCACGACGACCUUCCAGUGCUCUCUCCAGUGCCCCAUCGGGAUGACUAGGAUGACGUUGCCUUGUCGAGCAUCCACUUGCAAACACAUCCAGUGCUUUGAUGCGCUGGUUUACAUACGGAUGAACGAGUGCAAACCCACAUGGAUUUGCCCCGUGUGCAAUUGCCCCGCUCACUUCUCAGACCUUCUGAUUGAUGGGUAUUUUCAAGACAUAUUGCAGAAGGACAAAAGUAACGCGAAGAUAAAGUUCCACAGCAACGGCACCUGGUCGCCCGUGCCCAGCAGUGAGCCCGAGGGAAACUGCGCCAGAAGUUCCGAAGAAUAUUCCCGUGGCUAAGAGGAAGUUUUCUCAAGUUGAUGAGGUGGUUGUGAUUGAUCUAGAAGACGAGGACCCGUUCACACUGAAAGAUCCACUCAAGGACCGAAACAACAACAGCCUCGGCCACAAGGAGCCCAGCGAGGCCGAGAAGGAUCCAGCCACAGCCCUCCUUCGUCCUCCUCUGCCGAAGGAUGAUCCACUGGGGAGGAGGAGAAGCAGUAGAACUAGUGUGUCCUCGGUACAGGUUCCCGUGACAAUUGAACCCCUGGCCAAACGCAUAAGGACUAGAUCGACGAAUCGGAGAAGCAGUCAAACGAAUGAAUUCCUGAACCUUCUCUAUUCUCCCAAACAGAGGUGUGCAUUAGCCUCUCAGCAGACAACUCGGAAGGGAGAACCAGAAGAAAUUCGCAAACCUCAAGGAGAAAACACAGAUAAAGUUGGCUUAGAAUUGCAGCUCAGAAUACGUUUUAAUUUUUCGCUGUAAAUUAUUAUGAAUAUGUUCUGUAAUUUUAAAGAAUUGUUUUAGAUUUUACAGGAAGCAAUGAUUUACACAAGUAUUGCAUUGUAUAACUUCUUCAUUUAUUUUAACGAUUCAAAAUUAAUCAUUAUUUCACAGAUUAGAGAAUGUAUGAAGACGCUCUGUUGUGAGUGAUUGUUUUAUAUUUUUUCCGGAGUAUGAUUCUUCGUUUUCUUUUAUAGAUCUGCUUUUUACAGAAAAAUGAAAUGUAUAUCGUUUCAAAAUUAAUUGUAAUGUCCAGACUGGCUUGAUUUAUACCGUAAUCGUGAGCACAUUUGAUAGAAGUUAUUCCUUGACACGAAAAAGAUACGUACCUAGGAUUAUUUGUAUAUCGUGAGAGAAUAAUUAUCAUAAGUAGAACCCAGUUUCUUCUAAUAAACUUUGACUUUUA